AUGCCUCCACAGUUUCGCCUCCGCCCAGGCUCCGUCUCAGACCUCAACCACGCGGUGCGUCUCUACGAUGCGUGUCUCGGCUCGGACAAGCUGAUCCAGAUCUUGUUCUCGGGGAAAAGAGAACAAGAUCCGGUGGCGUUCAAGACCCACCUGUACAGGUUGUAUGCGAAGCGGUUCUGGUCCGUGGAGUGGAUGUUUACAUUCAUUGUCAAGGAGGCUGGUGAAGAGGCCGAAGAGGAGGUUGUUGGGUUUUCUUGCUGGAAGAAGCCGGCGGGAGAGAUUGGCUUUGUAGAGAGGUGGUUUAGUAUAUUCGCCUGGAUCGCCCCCAUAGUGCGCAACUUCAUCGCCCUCCAAACCAAGCUCUUCCCCACCGUCGACCUCUACGCAGCCACCGCCUUUGACCGCUGCUUCCCGCCCAUCGAAGAGGCCAUCUUCGCAAACAAGAAGCCCAAGGAGUGGUGGUACCUCAGCACGCUGGCCGUGCAUCCGUCCUACCAGGGCCACGGGCUGGGCGGCUUGCUCAUGAACCAAGGCCUGGACAUGGCCGAUGCGUAUCAGCAGCAGAAGCAGCAGAAGAAGAAGAGUGACGGUGAAAAGGUGACAAGGGGCAAGGUCUGGCUGAUUGGCCUGAGGGGGACGGAUCGGUUCUAUACGAGAUUUGGGUUUAACGAGGUUGGGAGGGCGAAUGUGGGAGAGUUGAGCGAGUGGGAUGGCGGUAUCGUCAUGUUUAGAGAGUAA